UCUAUAUAGACGAGGUUCAGUGGUAGUUCCCGAAUACAGUAAAAAAAUCAAAAUGUACAGUGCUGAAAUGAACGCUAAACACGCAAAUUAUUACUUGCCCGUUCAACAUGAUGACAUUCCACCGUGCAAGAAAAGAUGUGAAAACACUUCGCAACCACGUCAUACUGCUCGUAUCCUGGGACGCAAAUAUGCUCUGACUGCAACGUCGUACAAAUAUUUGGAGAUUGGGAUCAGCGUAGGACCUGUGCCUACCGUGGAAAUAAUCCUCGGUGACAAUUGCGGUAAUCAAUUAAUAUUACCUACAGAAACUUGGAGAAAGCUGAUGGGAAGACGUAUCGACAUCCAACGGCUUCUACAUACUGGCAAACCAUCUCCGCUGUCGAUUCAAGAUUUGGUAGUGGAAUUUUGUAAGAUGCGCGAUUCCAAAAUUAUAAAACUUACAUUAUCUAAUAAGUCUUUAUAUUUGAACGGCUAUCAACGCGAAGCAGAAGGUAGUGCAGCGAGAUGUAGGAACGGCGAUAUAAACACGAGCAAAGGUGCGCUAUCUUUUCUCUCGUAA